AUGGGUGAUGCCAUUUUGAGGUUCGUGGCAGGUGAAACUGAUGAGGCUUACGGACACAGGGAAGAAGACACCCAACGUGAUUCAGCGUCUUUACCAGAAUCUGCGUUUGUAGCCAGUACGAAGCCUGUUGUGAUUCCAGUGAAUGUAGUCGGCGGGAGACAUGAACCAGAUAAAAAUGGCACAAGUAGGCUUACGGACGCAGGGAAGAAGAAAACCCAACGUGAUUCAGCGUCUUUAUCAGAAUCUACGUUUGUAGCCAGUACGAAGCCUGUUGUGAUUCCAGUGAAUGCAGUCGGCUGGAGAUAUGAACCAGUUAAGAAUGGCACAAGUAGGCUCACAGACACAGGGAAGAAGACAAUCCAACGUGAUUCAGUGUCUUUACCAGAAUCUGUGUUUGUAACCAAUACGAAGCCUAUUGUGAUUCCAGUGAAUGUAGUCGGCGGGAGACAUGAACCAGAUAAAAAUGGCACAAGUAGGCUUACGGACACAGGAAAGAAGACAACCCAACGUGAUUCAGCGUCUUUUCCAGAAUCUGCGUUUGUAGCCAGUACGAAGCCUGUUUUGAUUCCAGUGAAUGUAGUCGGCGGGAAACAUGAACCAGAUAAAAAUGGCACAAGGCUUACGGACACAGGGAAGAAGACAACCCAACGUGAUUCAGCAUCUUUACCAGAAUCUGCGUUGGUAGCCAGUACGAAGCCUGUUGUGAUUCCAGUGAAUAUAGUUGGCGGGAGACAUGAUCCAGAUAAGAACGGCACAAGUAGGCUUACGGACACAGGGAAGAAGACAACCCAACGUGGUUCAGCGUCUUUACCAGAAUCUGCAUUUGUAGCCAGUACGAAGCCUGUUGUGAUUCCAGUGAAUGUAGUCGGCGGGAGACAUGAACCAGAUAAAAAUGGCACAAGUAGGCUUACGGACGCAGGGAAGAAGAAAACCCAACGUGAUUCAGCGUCUUUAUCAGAAUCUACGUUUGUAGCCAGUACGAAGCCUGUUGUGAUUCCAGUGAAUGCAGUCGGCUGGAGAUAUGAACCAGUUAAGAAUGGCACAAGUAGGCUCACAGACACAGGGAAGAAGACAAUCCAAUGUGAUUCAGCGUCUUUUCCAGAAUCUGCGUUUGUAGCCAGUACGAAGCCUGUUUUGAUUCCAGUGAAUGUAGUCGGCGGGAAACAUGAACCAGAUAAAAAUGGCACAAGGCUUACGGACACAGGGAAGAAGACAACCCAACGUGAUUCAGCGUCUUUACCAGAAUCUGCGUUGGUAGCCAGUACGAAGCCUGUUGUGAUUCCAGUGAAUGUAGUUGGCGGGAGACAUGAUCCAGAUAAGAACGGCACAAGUAGGCUUACGGACACAGGGAAGAAGACAACCCAACGUGGUUCAGCGUCUUUACCAGAAUCUGCAUUUGUAGCCAGUACGAAGCCUGUUGUGAUUCCAGUGAAUGUAGUCGGCGGGAGACAUGAACCAGAUAAAAAUGGCACAAGUAGGCUGACGGACACAGGGAAGAAGACAACCCAACGUGAUUCAGCGUCUUUACCAGAAUCUGCGUUUGUAGCCAGUACGAAGCCUGUUGUUAUUCCAGUGAAUGUAGUCGGCGGGAAACAUGAACCAGAUAAAAAUGGCACAAGGCUUACGGACACAGGGAAGAAGACAACCCAUUUUGAUUCAGUGUCUUUACCAGAAUCUGCUUUUGUAGCCAGUACGAAGCCUGUUGUGAUUCCAGUGAAUGUAGUCGGCGGGAGACAUGAACCAGAUAAGAAUGGCACAAGGGUUCCAGACAAACAGAACAAGCCAAGCCAAAGUGAUUCAAGGCUUUCAACGAAAUCUGCGGGUCUAGCCAGUACGAAGCCUGCUGUGAUUCCAGUGAAUAUGGAUGGUGGGAGAUGGGAACCAGAUAAGAAUGUCACAAGUAGGGUUGCUGACAACGGGAAGAAGACAACCCAAUGUGAUUCAGCAUUUUUAUCAGAAUCUGCGGGUCUAGCCAGUACGAAGCCUGUUGUGAUUCCAGUGAAUGUAGUCGGCGGAAGACACGAACCAGAUAAGAAUGGCACAAGGAGGGUUCUUGGUUUCCUGAAGAAGUUAGCAAAAAAGCAAAAUAAUAAUUUAUCACCUUCAUCAAAAUCUGUUGGCCAAAUAAACAAGAAGAGUGGUCCUGCCCUUCCAGUGAAUGUGGAUAGCAGGAGUCCUGACCCAGUUGAGAUUCCCGGAAGUACGGAUCCUGACUUGCAGAAGAAUGUAGCAAAGGAAAGCCAAACUGAUCCAUGGUCUUCACCAGAUUAUGUGGGUCAAGUCAGCGAGCAGGCUGGUGCUGAACUUCCAGUGAAUGUAGAUGUCAGGAGAUAUGACUCAGAUGAGAAUGCCAGAAGUAAUGUUCCUGGCUUGCAUAAAAAUGGAGUAAAGAAGAGCAAAAAUGAAACAUGUAAUUCAGCAGUAUCUGUGCCUAAAGUAAGCAGGAAGUCUGGUGCUUUGCAUUCAGUGACUGGUGACAGCAGAAGACAUGAAUCAAGACAGAAUAAUGGAAGCAAUGUGUAUAAUUUCUUCCUGUAUAGAAUUCCUGGCUUGACUAGAAAAAAGAGAAAGAAAAGCACCUAUGAAAUGAAUAUGCCAACAGAACCUCGGACAGUAACACAUGAGACAGCUGGUGUAGUAUUUCCAGAGCAAGGUGACAGCAGGAGACAUGAAAACAAUCAGGAUGUUGGAAGGCCUGUAAAGAAAACAUCUAAAGAGAAGAAGGAAAUCAAUCCUACAGAUGAUUCUGAUGACAUAACUCAGACAUCCAAAAUAGCUUCAACGGGUUGUGACUCGCUUUACUCUGAACAUGAGAAUUGUGUGUUGUUAAUGGAACAACUUGGCAUGAAUUAUAAAGGGAUCGGCUGCGAAGCGAAGAAGAGCACUACAGGAGUGGCGUUCAAGUGAAGCAGCAGCUGGAGUCCACACUGUCAUCAGUAGCUGUGGAACUGAGAGCUCUAAGAAGUGAUUUA